AUAGGUUAUUGAGUCUACGAUUAAGAUGAUAAGGUAAGUACACACUCUAAAAGCAGUCUAGAAUUGUGCAGUACUUUUUCUCAUUACGAUGCAGUGUCUCUUUGUCUCUCUGCUAUUGUUUGUCCCACUGUUUGGUACUUGUGAAGGACAGUGUUCGCUGACAUUGCCAUCUCCAUUUCCACCGGGACCAAAAGGUCCUACUCACUGUACUCAAGACGGUGUUGAAGUAGCACUGGGGACCAGCUACACAAACAAAACUACCUGCAUCAGCUGCAAAUGUCAUAAAAAUGGAGCUCUUUCGUGCUGCAAUUUGUUAGGAACCUACUUUUUACCAGAUGACUGUGUCGUUGUGACUGAGGACUGCAAGCAGAGAGCUAUUUACAAGUCAGAUGGAUCCCCAUGUCAACCGACAGCAAUAAUGGGCAGAAAGUAACGUCAUUGAAACAAGAUGUAAUAUAGUAUGACGAAACCGAUAAAUCUAUAACUAUCA